AUGGAAAGCCCUCUGAGAAGAUCGAUUAUUGAUACUUCACUGUUCCCUCAACCCCCAUCCAGGAACCGUCCUGCGAUUGCUUCUUUUGGUUCUCCUGCUCCCGGUGCUGCUUCUGGCUAUCGCACACCGACUCAAUCUUUCUUUCGUCAAUCCACCUCCUCUACCUCUUCCUCUGCCCCAUACAGCCCACCCCGUCAUUCCAAAGAGCGUUCAUUCUCAACGGCCACAGGCCAUUCUAAGACUUCAUCGUCAGACUCUCGUUCACAUUUGACGUCCCUUUCUUCUCGUUCUUCCCUUUAUUCUGAAGAUAACGACUUUGAUUCCAUUGAUUCUAAAAUCAAAUCACCAUUGACCAUUGCAACGAGUAUUACGAGUUCUGCCGAAAGCCCAGUUGAUCCUUAUUUCAAGAUCCACCAUCAUUCAGCUCCUCCAAAAUCGCCUGUUCUCGAGCUCUUCCGUAGCCAGUUGGCCGAUAAGUGA